AUGGCAUACACGAUGGCGGAUGUGUGCUGGAGGCUGUUGCUCUGCUUUUUUUCCUCUCAAGUUGUCUCAGGGGGAGUUAAGAGGGAGGGACAUUACGUUGCUGCUGUGUAUGAGCACGAGUCCAUUCUCAGCCCAGACCCAACGGCCCUGGUUGAUCGACAGUCUGCGCUGGAGCUCAUGGGCAGAAACCUAGACAUCUAUGAACAACAAGUAGUGACUGCUGCCAGACAGGGGGCACAGAUGAUUGUUUUCCCUGAAGAUGGAAUCCAUGGCUUCAACUUCAGCAGAAGCUCCAUUUACCCUUACUUAGAUUUUGUUCUGCACUCAGGCUCUGUGAAGUGGAAUCCGUGCAGAGAGCCGCAUUUGUUCAAUGACACAGAGGUUCUUCAGCGUCUGAGCUGCAUGGCACUGAAAAACAAAAUAUUCCUUGUGGCCAACUUGGGAACCAAGCAGCCCUGCGAGCACAGCGAUCCUCGCUGUCCAUCUGAUGGAAGGUACCAGUUCAACACCAACGUGGCCUUCAGCGACGACGGGCUGCUGGUGGCCACGUACCGCAAACACAACCUCUACUUUGAGGACGCUUUUGAUACCCCUCCAGAGCCCGACUACUCGUUCUUUGAUACCCCUUUUGCUGGCAGGUUCGGUAUGUUCACUUGCUUUGAUAUACUCUUUUUUGAGCCUGCAGUGAACCUCAUCAGACAAUACAAUUUGAAACAAAUUGUGUAUCCAACUGCCUGGAUGAACCAGCUCCCGCUCCUGGCUGCUGUAGAAUUUCAACAAGCUUUUGCAACAGCCUUCAAUAUCAAUAUUUUAGCAGCCAAUAUCCACCACCCUGCCUUGGGCAUGACAGGGAGUGGCAUAUACACUCCAGUCAAAUCGUUCAUCUACCACGACAUGGAAAGUUAUGGUGGCAAGCUCAUAGUAGCAGAAAUUCCUGUGAUCACCACAGAUUAUAAAACCAAUUUGGAAAGCAAUGAAGGAUUCAGAGAGCAGUUACAUCACUCAUGCAAGACUUUUACAAGCACCUCACCAGGUGAUCAAAUUUGCUUUAAGGAGGGAGAAGAGAUCCCUGGCAGAGUAUCAGACAAAGGACACGAACAGUUACCUCCCCUGUUUUAUGCAGAAAUGAUGUAUGACAACUUUACUUUUGUUCCUGUAUGGGGGGAAAAAGGAGAGCUGCAGGUUUGUGCCAGCAGCCUCUGUUGUUCCUUAAGUUACCAGAGGGCCGUGGGGACGGAGGAGUUGUAUGCGCUGGGAGCGUUCGACGGGCUCCACACGGUGCACGGCACGUACUACGUCCAGGCCUGCGCCCUGGUCAAGUGCCGUGGCCUCAGCUUCAGCUCCUGUGGGCAGGAGGUUACAGAUGCCACCGCUCUGAUAGAGUUCCAGCUACGGGGAAAUAUGAGUACCCCUUACAUCUUCCCUUUACUGCUGACAUCUGGUAUUACCUUGGACUUUGCUGAUCACAUGGGCUGGAAAAACAACCACUAUUUCAUAAGCAAAAAUAGAACAUCUUCUGGCCUGCUGACAGCUGCUCUGUACGGGCGAUGGUACGAAAAGGACUAG